GAACAGAGCACCUGCACAGUGAGCUGAAGGUUGAUAGAUUGCAGCAAAACUUAGGAAAGCGUGCGGAGUUUGGCAGCUGUGGGGACAGAGGAACCUGCAUUGAUCACCACUCUUUUCUUGGCGGCCAUUCCUAAUGUGCUGAAUCGGCUUGCUGCAGCAAGUGGAAGUGUCAAAUAGCAGAGCAGUCGUUAGACCUUCAAGGCACGUGGAGCAACAGAGAGGGAGCAAAGGUAUCCGUAGGGGGGAAAAACUCGACCAAGAAGCAAGAAGCGAGGUUCGAGACAUUAGGUGUAGCUGCAGGAAGAAACUAGCCACCUUUUUUUAUCCUGCAGGGCUUUUGAAUCGGAGCUCCAGUCUCAGUAAAGCAAUUUAAGCCUUGCCCUGCUGUUUCGAUUCUCAUCAUCCAGACAGACAGGUGUGCACUUUGAAGUGAGAGGCACACGGCCAAUUGAGAAAUGUCAAGAAUUCCGCGCCUGCAGAGAUCAUGGUCCCUGUCCGAUGAAUCAGAAGCUGCGGAUGGAGCAGAGGUGGAACCCGAACCAGAAGAUCUAGACUGGGAUAACUACAGUGUGACCCUGGAGGAGAAGAUAAAUGUCGAGCAGGGGGAGCUGGCUGCCUGUGAGCAGCGCUGCUCUCAGCUGCUGAAGGCGAAGCUGGAUCUAGAGACUCAGGUCGCUGAUCUGAGUGAGCGGUUGCUGGAGGAAGAGAUCACUGCCACUGAGCUGAGCGCACAGAGAUGUCAGCUGCAAGCCGAGUGCCGCACUCUCAAGACGGGCAUUGAAGAAUUGGGGUGCACGCUGGUGAAAGCGGAGAGGGAGAAGCAGAGUUCAGAGCAGAAACUGUGGGCACUUACUGACGAGUUAAUCCAGAGAAAUGACACAAUAAGCAAUCUUGUGAAGGAUAAGCAACAACUGGAAGAGCAGAUACAGCACAGACUGGAAGAUUUGCAAGGUGGGGAGGAUAUAGUGAACUGCCUGACUAAGUCCAACAGCAAACUACACGUGCAAGGAGUGGAGUUUGAAUACAGUUCGGAGCAGGUGAAACAGCUGCGGACAGAUCUUGAGAGGGGGAAGCGGAAGGUGGAAGGAGACCUGAAGAUGACCAUUGACAGCCUGAACGAAAUGGAGAAGCUGAAAGUUGACCUGGAAGAAGUCAUCAAGAAGAAAGAACUGGAGAUAAAUACAGUGAGCACUAAACUGGAGGAUGAACAAUCACUCACUGCUACUCUUCAAAGGAAGAUGAAGGAAUAUCAGGUCCGGGUUGAGGAACUGGAGGAGGAGCUGGAUGCAGAGCGAGCUAUGAGAGCCAAGGUGGAGAAGCAGCGAGCUGAUCUAACCAGGGAGCUGGAGGACCUCACCGACAGACUGGAGGAGGCGGGUGGAGUCACUGCAUCCCAGAUUGAGAUGAACAAGAAACGCGAGUCGGAACUGCAGCGUCUCCGGCGUGAGUUGGAGGAGGCCACUCAGCAGUCGGAGACCACGGCCGCCACUCUGCGCAAGAAGCACGGGGACACGGUGGUGGAGAUCACCGAGCAGUACGAGAACCUACAGAGGCUGCGCGUCAAAGCAGAGAAAGAGAAGCAAAACAUGAAACUGGAGCUGGACAACUUCAGCCUCACCAUCGACAGUCUGCAGAAAAGCAAGAUGGCCAGUGAUGCACAGAUUCGAAAGCUGGAAGAUCUGCUGCUGGAAGCCACUUCCCGAAAUGAGGAUUUGCAGCGGUCACUCACUGAACAGAGUCUCGGAAAAACCAGACUGGCAGCUGAAAAUAACGACUUGACUCACCAGCUGGAAGAGGCGGAGAACAAAAUAGGUCAAUUGAACAGGUUAAAGAUGAUCCUGACAUCACAGAUUGAAGAAUUGAAAAGGCAGAUUGAUGAAGAAUCAAAGUUGAAGAGCUCGAUGACGAUAAGCCUGGCGAGUGCCAAGCACGACAAUGAGGUGCUGAAGGAGCAGGUUGAGGAGGAGCAGGAGAGUAAAUCUGAACUGCAGCGACUCAUCUCCAAACUGAACAGUGAGGUCACCCACUGGCGAACACGCUACGAAACGGACGCCAUCCAGAGAACUGAUGAGCUUGAAGAAUCCAAGAAAAAGCUGACGUCGCGACUACAGGAGGCUGAAGAGGCUGUGGAGGCUGCCCAAGCCAAGUGUUCUAGUUUGGAGAAAACAAAGCAGAGGCUGCAAGUGGAGGUGGAGGAGCUAAGCAUCGACCUGGAGAAGGCAAACGCAGCAGGUGUAACCCUGGACAAGAAGCAACGAAUGAUUGACAAGCAGAUUUCAGACUGGCGUCUGAAGUGUGAGGAGAUUCAGGCCGAGCUGGAAUCUUCACAGAAGGAGUGCAGGCAGUACACCACUGAGCUCUUCAAACUGAAGACAUCCUAUGAGGAGCUGAUCGAACAACUCGACUCAAUUAAGCGGGAGAACAAAACAUUCCAAGAGGAGAUUACAGACUUGACGGACCAGCUGGGCGAGGGAGGGAAGAGCGUGCAUGAGCUGCAGAAAUCGAAGAAGAAACUGGAGAUGGAAAAAGAUGAGCUGCAGGCAACCCUCGAGGAAUCGGAGGCUGCACUCGAGGCUGAAGAAAACAAGGUGGUCCGCCUGCAACUGGAACUAACCCAAGUGAAGGCGGAAAUUGACCGGAGAAUCCAGGAGAAGGAAGAGGAGUUUGAGGCAACACGGAAAAAUCAUCAGCGGACUCUAGACUCGCUGCAGGCCAGUCUCGAUGCAGAGGUGAAAGGCCGAGCAGAGGCACUGCGGGUGAGGAAGAAGCUGGAGAACGAGCUGAAUGAGCUGGAGGUUCAGCUGGACCAGGGCAACAAAAACAACAGCGAGCUGCUCAAGCUACUGAAGAAGAUGCAGCAACAAGUGAAGGACAUGCAGAGCCAGAUGGAGGAGGAAGCGCGGCAGCACGAGGAACUUGGAGAGCAGCAUGCGCUGGUUGAGCGGCGCUCCGGUGCGCUGUCCGUGGAGCUGGAGGAGACCCGCGGAGCGCUGGACGUGACCGAACGCACCCGCAAACUCCUGGAGCAGGAGCUGAUGGAGAUGACUGACAAGUACAACGAGAUUAACACACAGUUCCAAGGGGCCGCCAUUGUCAAACGCAAGCUGGAGGUGGAGUUGCAGCAGCUGGUGACUGAGCACGAGGAACUGCUCAACGAAUUCAGAGCCUCGGAUGAGAAGGCAAAGAAGGUGGUGGGUGAGCUUGGCAGGUUAGCGGAGGAGCUGCACCAUGAGCAGGAUCACUCUCUGCACUUGGAGCGUGUGCGGAAGGGUCUCGAGUCGCAGAUCAAGGAGCUGAACGGCAAGUUGGAGGAGGCCGAGCAGUUGGCCCUGAAGGGAGGAAGGAAGAUCAUCCAGAAACUGGAAGGACGGGUGAGGGAGCUGGAAGUGGAGCUGGACGCGGAGCAGAAGCGUCACGGCGAGACGGUGAAAACCUUGCGCAAGAACGAGCGGCGGUUGAAGGAGCUGGUGUUCCAGGCCGAGGAGGACCAGAAGAACCAGCACCGCAUGCAGGAGCUGCUGGAGAGGCUGCAGAGCAAGCUGAGGGCCUACAAGAGGCAGGUGGAGGAGGCAGAAGAGCAGGCCAACAUGAACCUGGCAAAGUACAGGAAGACCGUGCACGAGUUGGACGACGCCGAGGAGCGCGCUGACAUCGCCGAGGCGGCACUCACCAAAAUACGCACCAAGAACCGGGCCAGUUUCGGGAAAGGCUACUCUUCGGGUUACAACUCCCCCUUUGCCACGCUCGUCAGGUCUCCUAGCUCGGCUGGGUCAGAAGGAAGAGGGGAGAAGAUGCUGAACGAUGAUGAUUCGACCUCUCUCAUUCCCACGUACCUGAAUUCCCUCAAGAAGCUGAUCAUUGAAUAAUUCCCACAAACGGCCGCAUCGCAUGCACUAAUUGGAGUGGACAGGGAAAGGCGGGCAGCGCUUGGCACUGGAGCUGCGUGCAACAAAAAUGAUAUGGACUCCUCAGACCCUUUGCUGCAUGCAGGAGCUGCAAGUAUCCAUGGAGAAACAGACUGGUAGGAGCACCAAGUACAUGCUCAACCAAGUACAUGCUCAACCAAGUACACCCUCAACCAGGUACAUGCCCAACCACAAACAUGCUCAACCAGGUACAUGCCCAACCACAAACAUGCUCAACCGCGUGCAUCUCAACCACGUGCAUCUCAACCAAAUGCAUCUCAACAAUUUUUAAAAUCUUUCCCAAUUCAUUGUUUGCUUACAGGGUGUUUAGCAGUUGGAACCAAUGGAUUACAGAUGCAAUUACAGCUGCAAUGCUCCUUACUACUGAUAGCUGAGAGACUGUAAUACACUGUUAGCAACA